AUGCACGGCGACCAGCAGGCGCCCAUCCAGGUGACGGCCGACGAGCUCGACAGCCGCAAGGGCAUUUUCGGAUACCUGCGCACCAAGCAGUUCUACCUCAUCCUCGUCAUGUCGCAGCUGCUGGCAAUCUGCGACACCGGCACCAACACGCUGACCACCCUGCUCGCCGACGCUGGCACGUCGAUUCCCGCCUUUCAGUCGCUGUUCAAUUACAUUCUCCUGACUCUCAUUUAUACCUCGUGGACCAUCUACAAGUAUGGGUGGAAGGGGUGGUUUCGGCUGUGCUACAAGGACGGGUGGAAGUUCUUCAUUCUUGCCUUCUUCGACGUCGAGGGGAAUUACUUCACCGUGCUGGCGUAUCGCUACACCACCAUCCUCUCUGCGCAGCUGCUGGAGUUCUGGGCGAUUGUCGUCGUCGUGCUCAUGUCGCUCAUCUUCCUCAAGGUGCGCUACCACUUUGUGCAAUACAUUGGCAUUCUGGUGUGUGUUGGCGGCGUGGGGUUGAUGAUUGCCUCGGACCACAUCACGCACUCCGAUGGCGGACAGGCGGUGGAUGCGGUCAAGGGUGAUCUGUUUUGCUUGCUGGGCGCCACCUUCUACGGUCUCGACAACGUGCUCGAGGAGUUCCUGCUCAGCAAGCGGCCCAUCUACGAAGUCGUCGGCCAGCUCUCCUUCUGGGCCAUGUUCAUCAACGGCGUGCAGUGCGCCAUCUUUAACCGCCAAUCCUUUCAACAUGCCACCUGGAAUGGGCAAACCAUUGGCUACCUCGUUGGCUACACCCUCAUCCUCACCUUCUUUUACUCCGUUGCCCCGCUGGUGCUGCGCAUGGCGUCUGCCGCUUUCUUCAACAUCGGCUUGUUGACCGGCAAUUUCUGGGGCCUGAUCGUCGGGCUGAAGCUCUUCCACCUGCACGUCCACUGGCUGUAUCCCGUGGCUUUCGUCCUGAUCAUCGUCGGCCAUUUCAUCUACUACGGAACAGAGGGUGUGCUGGGCGAGGCGCGCAAGCCUUGGCUGGGUGAGAACCAGGAGGGUGGCGAUGAUGGACUGGGGACGGCGAGGAGGAAGUUGGCGCAUCCGAACGCUAUCGUUUGA